AUGCUCUAUAUUGACCAGGACCCAUUUCUGAAAUACAAUCCGUACCUGGAGUCGGCAAAGACGCCGUUCCAAAAACACUGGCACGAGAUGCUGGCCAGCGCCUUGUUCUACCACGCAAUCACCAUGGCUGCUCCGUUGAUCAACACCGCGAUCUUCCGCGAGCACUACACGAGCAUCACUAAUAAAAGACGCAAACUGAACUUUGACAUCCACAUCUCUGCGUUCGUGCAGUCAAUCAUUUCGGUUGCCCUAUGCAUCCCCAUGUUCUUCCACCCAAAUUUCAAAUCCGAUCCCGUGUUUGGAUCCUACGACUUUGCCGGACUGACGGCCGCGCUCACCUGCGGCUAUUUCGUGUGGGACCUGCUGUACUGCUGCUUGUUCCACUUUGACAUGUUUGGCCUGCCGUACCUGUUCCACGCCGCCGCGGCACUAACCGUGUUCGGUAUGACCUUUGCAGGGUUCUGCCAGCCGACUAUUCCUUCGUUCCUGAUCUUCGAGGCUAGUACGCCCUUCGUCAACUUUUACUGGUUCGCGUCGAGGCUGCCAAAGGGAGCGGUCAACGAGACACUGUUCAUGGUGAACGGGAUCCUGCUGAUUGUCUCGUUCUUUUCGUGCCGGAUCGUCUGGGGCAUCUACGCCGCCUUCAGAACUUUCGAUAUCUGCUUGAAAGUGCGUGACCAGCUACCAACGGGCGUCCUGCCCAUCGCCAUAGGGCUGAACAUCGGCCUCAAUGUGCUCAAUAUCCACUGGUUCUCCAAGAUGAUGCUUCUAGCAUACAAGAAAUUUGCACACUCAGGGCGGAAACACGAGUAG